UGUCAGUUUGAAUAUCUCAGACUUGUUUUAUCUAUUCCGCUGAAGAUCCAUUGUCUUACAUGUUUAAAGCCUCCUCAUACUGGAAGUCUAUACAGACUUCAUGUUUGUACACCAUGCAAUGUACAGCAAUGGUUUAAUUGAAGUCGUUUAAGGUUUUGAUAAAAUGGACGGACAUUUUACCGUCCUUUUCUUCUUGAGUGUAUUUGUUAGUGGAUUGUACGCGGAUGGGAGAUACAUUGAUUUCAAACCGGGGUACGAGUAUGUGUACAAUUUCAAUGGCUACUCACACGUCCGGGAACUUGGGAAAUUUCUCGUUCAUGCUAAGGUUGGUUACACCAACAUUCUGCAAACAACAGAAGGUCAAGAACUUGUGUUAAAAGUACAUUCAUUCCACUUCUCAUCUGCCAAAGAUCCAAAUAUUCGAGGUGCAGAGUUGGAUUUUUCCAAAUGGUUCUCUUUUGUCAUAUCUGGAAAUGGAGAAGUAACCCAAGUGUUCCAUGCAGCAGGGGAAGAUGCUGAAGUGAUUUCAACAAAGAAAGGCUUCGCAGGAUUGUUUGCAUCAAGACUACAUGACAAAAAUGAGGUGCCAGGGAUUGUUCACCACGAUUUCUUCACAUAUAAGGUCACAGAAAGAGGGCAAGAGGGAGAGCAUGAUGCUACCUACAAUGUAACGAAGUCAGACACAGGUGUGAGGUUCAAGAAAAUUCGACACAAACAUCCUGUCAGUAAUGCUAGAGCUAGCUAUGAGAAGUUGUUGUAUUACCACAAUGUGCUUGGAACGAUACAGAAAAUUGAGAUCAAUGAAGAUUUUAUGUCGCCCAAAUCACCACCAGGGUUUGAUCCAUACCUUGGCUGGAGGAAAGUUUCGACAAAGAAUGAAUUUGGAACUACAGCCACUCCAGAGAUGAGUUACACAAGUCAGGGAAUACUGACCUUCCUGGACAGAGAAGUUGUGAAAGAGAGAUGGAAAAGACCCAUGAAACACUUGGUAUCGGCUGGAUUGGAAACACAACAGGUGGAAGAAAAGAUAGUAACUUAUACAAACUUCUCGAAAGCAAAAGAAGAAAUGUAUGGAAAUGUAACCUGUUUACAACAUCAUAAAGAAGCAACCAAAUUUGAGGGAUGUUUUCAAAAUAUUGUCCAGAUACUAAAGCAGCUGUCGGAGGCUAAUCUAAGCUGUAUCGCAGAUCAGCACUUCUCUUCAUAUAAUGGACAAAAUCCCUUGGAAAAAGAAGUGUCAGGAUAUAUCCUAGAUGCAUUUGGAGUCAUAGCAUCGAAAUGGACACAAGAGCAGUUUGCAUUGAAAAUAAUGAAAAACAGAGACCCUAGUACAGAUCUUGUAAAGAGGAUGCUAACUCACAUUAUAGCUAAUGAUGCUGCACCCAAAGAGUUGUUACUGAGGACACUAGAAGAUGUUGCAUUCAAGAAAGAGGGAUAUUCACAGACGUUGUAUAGAGGAGAUGUACACAGUCGUGUUAUGUUGACAUUGGGUGCAGUUUGUCAGAAGCUUAGACAAGAAGGACAACAAGCAAGGGCACAAAGUAUUCUUAAUGGAUUUCACAAUCAACUUGGGAUGCAUGAUCCCUGGGAAUACCGCAAGAAAAGAUCCCUAAUGACAGAAACUCACUGGGCAGUCUAUGAACAACAGAAAGUGAUUCUUUUGGAGACUUUGGGCAAUGCUGGACUGGACCAUUCCUACCACUAUAUCGUGUCUCAUAUCAAUAGUUCAAACUCUCCCUGGGUCAAGAGAGCAGCCUGUCAUGCCUUGAGGAAAUAUGACCACAAACAUGCUGCAGAAGUUCUGCUUCAAUCUGCAAUAUAUGAUGAAGAUAAGAUGGUUCGAUAUGAGGCCUCUUUGUUAUACAUGGCCCAUCCUCAUGGCAAGUUGAUGACUCCAAUGAAUAAAAGGGAUGACAGCGAUCCUUAUGAUACUGGAAUAGAUUUUCUGGAUUAUUCUGAUGAUCACAUCAGGACCAAACGUUCCUCCCCAAACAAAAGAUUCAAAAUUCAUGCCACCAAUGUGGACUGGAGAAAAAUGAUUGGCUCACCAGAUGUAGGAGCCUCAUUUGGAGUUGUUUUGAAGAACACAUUGGAUUUAAACAUUGCUCCACUUACCAGUGAGAUGUCAGUAGAAGUACAUGAAGAGUCGUAUGCCAGAAUUCACCUAGGAAAUAUUGGAAUAAAUAUGGACUUUUUUGUAGCUAGAAUCUGUUUCAAAGGAGGAUCCAAAUACAACAUCAACAUUUUGCAGGGCAAUGAGAUGAGAAAUAUUGAGCAAUUGGCCAAGUCUUAUGAUAGAGAUGUAGCUGUUGUGGCUAACUCCCUGACAGCAGGAAUUAAUCAGUUCUUAGACGUUAUUGCUGGUAACUACAGCAUGAAGGUGACUAUAAGUCAACUCAUGGAUGCCACAGACGAAUUAUCAAACAAGGUUGCCUUUUUAACAAACUCUACCACAGUGGCAAUGGAUAGAAUUGGACAGUAUGACCCAGAAGACCUUCCACCAGGCUUUACUCCGACACUCCACUUUAUCCACAGAAUUACAAGCAUCCUGAAUGAUAUCAGAUCUCAUAUCAUUGGCUUCAGAAAUGAAGUAGAGGAAACCAUUCAGCUGAUUCUCCCACAACAAGCAAAGUUUCUGUAUGAUGCUCUAUUGGAUGUCCUAGGUGGCCUGACCCAAAUACCCAAAGAUCCCAAAACUGCUAUAAUGUCCAUAGGAAAUGGAGUAGUAUCCAUUGGGAAGGCUGUUGAAAAACUGGUGGCUGCAAUUGAUUAUCUUCAAGAGUCUUGUUUGUUUGAGAGAGAGGAAAAACCUUAUUGGUUUGACAUGAAUGACAUUCUGUCCGAGUACCGUGAUUUGGCAGCUGUGGCUAAUUCCACCAUUUCUACAGCUGGGAUGGAUUGGAUAAAUGAAACAAGAGAGGAAGAUGAAAUAAAGACCUUAAGUCAAGCUAGCAUUGAUGAUGCAUCUUUGAGACAGGAGAGUUUAGAUAACUUCAUAUCUGUGACUAAAGACUUGCUAAACACACUGGAAAGUUUGGAUGGAGUUGGUGAUAGUUUCCUAUACAGAUACUCUAAUGUGUUUAAGAUGGUGAAGCAAGCCAAAAUGGCAAACAAUAUUCUCAAUACUGGCUAUGAAACAGCUAGAGCAAAGGUGGAAUCCAUAUUUGGGCCAAGAACACACAGAGAUUUUCCAGGACAGAUACGAUUGAGUGGACAGGGGUGUACAGGAAAUGGAUUGUACCCAUCCACAGUUGGCAAGUCUGGGGUUGAAGAGUACAGCCAUGUAGGUGUGGAUCUGUCCAUUACAAAUGGGCAAUAUGUGGUAGCCCCAUUUCCCGGCACAGUAUCCCUGGAGUCUCUUGGUGGCAACACAUUGGUUUUAGUUCCAUCAGAGGGUUCAUUGAAGGACAUUGUCAUAUACAUAUCAAAUGUAGAGCCUAACAGUACCAUAUCGGUGGUUGACAGCAGAGCUGUGAUUGGUGGGCAAGUGAUAGGAACAGCCAACAGUUCCCAUUGUGAGGACCACAUUCACUUGUCUUUUAAGAAGGUAGGAGCAUGGUAUGUUGAUCCAACCCGCUUCUUGGAAAAAGCCUAUCCAACCCUCCCUACCUGGGUGCAGCAGUGUGAUGAUUACAAGCUGGUCUUUAAGACUAAUACAAUGGCUGCUGGUGUGAUAGUGGGAAUCAGUGGUCAGUCUGUUAAGGAUGAAGACCCUGUAAUGAACAAUGUGGCCAAUCUAACCUUUCCAACAGCUCCUACUACUUCUUAUGAUCCGGAUGACACACAGUCUAUCAAAGGGGACUCUCAGAGUUUUUACACAAUUGUAAAGAGUCAGAUAGGGGUUGUUGGGAAUGACAUUGAUUCGGCAGAAGACACAUGUUCAACAUCUUCGUCAAACAGUAAAUCAGGUAUGUUCUCUUCACUGCUUCUGACGGCGGACACAUUUCUACAGAAGUACAAUCUGAGAAGACUCAAGUUUGGGACCAUAAUUGAAUUCCUGGAUAAAUUCAAUAUGACCAGCAGUAAAGAAGCACUUAGAGGAGUUGUUAGUAGUGUUAAGGAUAUAAUAAACAAUAAACCCUGCCUUAGUCCUAGUGAGAUGACUCAGGAUCAGUUAUUUAUGGAACUUGUAGAACAAGGGAAAAAUGCUUCUGGCUCCAGGGAAGAGAUGGUUGCUCGUCUGAUGAACCAGUAUCUAGAUUGUCCUUUGUUGUCAUUCACCAUGCCGAGAGAGGUGUACUGCACAUAUGACAAAAACUGCAUGGGUGUUGAGUGCUGUGUUGGUUUGGAUUUAUCUUUCUUGACUAAGACAUACAAAGUCUGGGUGAAUAUGAACUAUUGUUCUUCUCCAAUUGAACUCAGCAUGGGUGUUGGAAUGAAUUCAUACCAGUUUACUCUGUCUUCCACUGACUUUGAUGGUGUAGAAGGUCAUUUCAUUGUUAACGACACUUUAAACACAUUCCUUGGAGAUGUUGCAGUAAUGCUGAAGUAUAGUGUAUUCAAGGGAGAAAAUGUCUCCUUAGUAACAUUAGGAGUUGGUAUGUGUAGUAUGAAUGACUCUGACUACUGUCCAAGCUAUGUAACAUUACUGGACAGUGCCAUCUUCAGGAACCCAGACUGUCUUUCAGAUGGAUCAUAUGUUUGGCCUACGGUGGACUACCAGAAUUUGUUAAAGAGAGAAGCAUCAUGGAGAAAGAUCAAGCAGUCUGGUAAAACACUGGCAAAACAGACCAUUUCAGCUGCUGAUGCUCUGUAUCUCCAAGAAUUGGGGUUGACAAAGAGCAUGAUUUAUGAAACAGGUCUAUGUCCUAGACCAGAAAUAAUGACAGAUGGCCAAAUCAAAUCAGAACUAGAAGCUAGAAACUUGUCAUCAAAUGGAUCAAGAAGUGAACUAAAUUCCAGACUUACCACGGACAAUUAUGCAUGUUUAAAUGCAACACUGCCAACCAUAAAUAACUCGACCAUCGCCAACUUUGUUCACUACUCCAUUGCCUCAGACUGUUUAAGGAUUGAAACUUGUGCAGAUAUUGCUCUGAAUCUCAGUGGGAAUGUGUAUUCCAAGUCUCUCAAAACAACCUUUGAUAUGGAACCAUGCAGCUUCUUACUGAAAGUAGAAUUUGAGAAAAAUAUUGUGACAAGAGUCUUGCUGUCUUACAACUGGGGAUCUGAGAAGACUAUUGAAAUUUCAUCGAAAGUGAAGAUAAAGUAUAUACUAGAUCGUAAUGAGACCAGAGGCGUGUAUAUUUUGGAUUUAGGACUGAUGGUCUGUCCAGCCUCAUCUGAAUGUGUUAUUAAUGGAUUUUUCUUGGAAGAUUUUGAAAUACCGGUUCCAACAUGUGGAGAUUUUGUUUUACCAGGGGAUGGAACAAUAAAUGGGUUGCUUAAUUCCAUUGGAGGCAAGAUGACUACAGAGGCUUUUGAACUUGUGCUGAAGAAAUUUAACAUCCAGCAUGUGAUAAAAAAUGAAGCAUGCACAUUGCCAGCAUCCCCAACAGCCUGUACCAAUACACUUGAUGUGGACAGUAAUUUGCCCACCUCUGUCAGGGACAUGGUGACCUGUCGGCUACCACAGGGUUGCUAUGGUGUUCAAUGUUGUCUGAACCUAUCCUUCCCACUCCCUCUGGGUGACAUUGUCACAUCUAAACUCUUUAACUUUUGGUUCAUAGUGGAUCCUUGUGAUUUCACUAUAGAUAUUGGACUGAGUGAUCUCACAUUGCUGAAGUCUACCUUCUUGGAAUAUGAGUUUGGUACAACAAAGACAAUAGAGUUAGGUACUGGAAGUCCAGCCCCAGUGCAAGUCAUAUACUCUAUAGCACAGAAGGGUGUGAAUCUAGGGUAUACAGUGGAUGUUAAAUUGAAAAUCUGUCUGAAUUUGGAUGGUCAGAUUUUUUGCAUUCCUACCAGUGAACUUCAUUUCAUGGAUCAAGUGCAUAUUCCAGUUUGUCAGUCCAGAUCUUUAGUAAAUUUUAACACUUUUACCCUGGAAAGUUGGGCACAGGGUGUGAACGUGAGUCUGACAGAGCAGCUGGACACGGGGGCACUUGCCAUGUUGUUGGAACAACUAAAUUUGACUCGGUUCUUUGGAAGCCAGAAAUGUGAUCGGACCAGGAGUCCUUAUAGUCCAUCUCUAAUGGGAUAUCACAAUGUGUGCCCCAGGACCAUCAAUUCUUUACCAGCGAAAAUACCUGACCCCAUGACCUGUUACAUCCCAGACUACUGCACGGGUGUGGACUGCUGUGCGGAACUUCCUACGCUUGGACUAGGACUGCGAUCAUAUGUGUUCCUGGAUUUGGAGAGAUUGGAGAUUCGAUAUGGCAUAGAAAAUGUUCAAAGAACUGUGAAAAUAGCAGAUUAUACUUGGGGACAGGAAAAGACAAUUUCUGCAGCUGGCAGCCUCAUAAAAUUGAGAUUCAGAAUUUCAAAACAAUCUGAUACAGAGUACAUCUUCAAUGCUAAUGUGUAUGCAUGCUUGGAAGGAUCAGGAAAGUGUGCCAUAGACAUUCCUGUAUUCCAAAACACUCGUCUGCAGUCCUCCACAACUGGCAUAUCCACUCAAAAUUUUUCUCUGAAUGCAUGGAUGGCUGAAAUGGGAAUUGGCUCCAGAAAUUUGGUGUCCGAUAUAGAGAAGGGUUUCCUGAUACAACAGCUGGGUAUUGAUGCUUAUCAACGUGCUAGUCCUUGUGACCCCACGCAGAGCCCCUACACCCCGUCACUCAAUGGAUGGAACAAUGCAUGUGGUAUAACCUAUGUUGUGCCAACUACCAUCUCCAGUACUGCAGUAAAGUGUACUAUGUCAGCAGACUGCAGCAGAGUCGAUUGUUGUGUGGAGCAUGCCUAUUUCAACAUCAAGCUGCAUUUCUUUCUCCACUUAGACCAUUGUAACUAUGUCAUACUGGGUGGAAUUGAAAAUAAAAACUUCACCACAAAUAUUCUCAGCUUUAAUUGGGGGUCUGACAAUGUAGAAAGCAUCAGUAACAUCAUUAAGCUGAGAUACAAGAUAGACAGAUUAGCAUUAUCAGACAAGUAUGUGGUGACUAUGUCAGUGGCUGUGUGUCUAGAGCCAGACUCCUGUGAGCUGGAUGUUGCAGUUCUUAGCAAUGUCAUGAUUCCUAUAGUGGAAUGUAAUUUAACCAUGCCAGCCAAAGUAACAGGGUUUUCUUUGAGCAGUUGGAUGGCAUCACAAGGACUGCAGGGAAGUUUAUCAAGGGCUGUGUCUGAUGCACUGCUAAACACACUUGGAAUUGGACUUUUCAUGAAAGAAAAAUCAUGUGACAGAGCGGAGGCUCCAUAUAGCACUAACAAACUUAGUGCAGAGGGCUGGUCAUCUGUUUGCCCUUCCACGAUUGCCUUGCUAGAGAUCAGAGACACUGUUAGCUGUUUUGUGAAUAACUCAUGUACAUCCAUCACGUGCUGUGUGGCAAUAGAAAAUCUGGCCCAUACAUUUGAGAUAGUCCUCAGCCUGGAUUUCUGCAAUCAGAAAAUCACAUUUGGUGUUGAAAGACUAACCCAGACUGAGGCCUUGAAAGACUUUGAUUUUGGAGUGAGAAAGGAAAUGGUGAUCAUGGGGAUGUUUAAAUUUUGGUACACUGUAUGGGAUUUGAUCGGUGAGAAUGCUUAUGGUGUCUCUGUUGACCUGGCUGUCUGUCUGGAGCAGGGAGGGGAGUGUGUGGUGGAUGUCACUGUAGUAGAUAGGGUCAAAUUUCCCAAGAUGGACUGUGUCUGGGCCAGCAGCUUUAUGCAGUCAAACUUUUCCUUGACUGCCUUCAUGGCUGAGAACUCUGUGACUGAUACCUCACAGAUAAUUGGACUCGUGUUGGAGAAAUUAAAGGAAACACUGGGACUCUCUAACCAUAUGAACUCAGCACCAUGUUCAUUGUCUGAUUCUAAGUACACCCCGAACACCAAUGGGAUAAAAAAUGACUGUACCAAAACUGUAACUCAGCCAACUGAGGGAAGUGAUCUUUCUCAGAUUUCCUCCCUUCCCAGUGAUAUGGUCUGUCAGAUCAGUAACUCUUGUACACGGAUAGAUUGUUGUGUGGGAGCCUCACCACUCUCCCAUCAUUUCCACACCUAUCUAGAUAUUGAUCCAUGCAACUUUAAAAUAAGUUUUGGGAUUGACAAACUUCAGUUCAAAUUCAACUUGAAGGAUUUUACUUUCGGAUUGAUGAAAGACAUUCGCCUGUUUAAUGUUGUAAGAUUGAGAUUUACUAUUUGGGACCUUGCAUCUGAGAAUCAGUAUUUAGUGAACCUGGACCUGAGAGUAUGCUUUGAGACCAGCGGACCCUGUACAACAGAUGUCCCAAUAUUUAACAGAAGAAGACUGCCCAAGAGUGUUUGUAACUACAGUGCUCCACCUAUCAUUCCAAAUUUUUCCCUGAGCCAGUGGAAGCAGUCAAGGGGAAUAACUUCUACUUCACUGUCGCGGUUUGAUUCGGAUUUGCUGAUGGAACACUUGGAAGUUGGUGGUUAUCUUAAUUCAGCACAAUGUACCACAGUUUCCUCCUUAUCCUCAGCUGGUUGGGUUGAUGGCUGUCCAAGAUCUUCAUUGUACACAAAGACUGACUUAACCUCUCAGCCUGUCCUCUGUACAAUAUCCUCCAAGUGCACAGAGGUUAGAUGUUGUGUCGCUGUAAGCCCAAUUAGCAGGAACUUUGCAGCCUACAUUGACAUUGACCCUUGUAAUCACAGAAUGACUGUUGGAAUAGAGGACUACAAGACAAAUGUGAAUCUCUUGUCCUUCACAUAUGGAACAAUGGAGAGCAUUCAGUUGGAAAGUUUGAUAAAACUUAGCUAUCAAGUGGAGAGGUUUGAGGGAGCUGAGCGAUUCCUUGUGAACUUUAACCUCACAGUGUGUCUAGAAUCUAGUGGAGCCUGUUACCUGGACACCAUCAUAUUGCAAGAUGCAUACCUGCCCACCACAGCAUGUGACUGGUCCACUCAGCAGACUAGUUUCUCUCUGACCAACUGGUAUGGUAACAUGUCCCUGACUGCAGGAACCACCUUAUACCCUACACAGCUGUCACUGUUACAGGAGUCACUGGGUGUCACAGACUAUCUGAACAAUGCUUCUAAUAGGUGUGACAGGUCCUCUGCAACAUACAAACCAGAAACACCAGGGCUAGCUGGGUGGAAAAUAGACAGUCUUUGCAAUCUGAAUUUGUUGGUGAUGAGUGUCCUACAAACUAGCGAUGGGAUUAACUGUUACCUGAAAUCUAAGUGUACGGCUGUGGAAUGCUGUCUGGAUGUACAGGAUCCCCUACAACAGACCCUGCACUUCUCCCUGGAUCUGGAUCUCUGUCAGCAAAUCUUGGAGAUUAAUGUGGACAAACUGGAGGAGACCAAGGCCUUAUUUUCGUAUAAUUAUGGGACAAUGGAUUAUUUUAGACUUUCAGACUUGAUUCAGAUUGAGUUUAGGAUAGACUUGAUCAGUACCAGUACUGUGUCUUUCUACUUGAAACUGAAACUCUGUUUUGAGACAGACUCGUGUACAAGGGAAAUAGUUGUGUUCAACAAUAAGCAUUUACCUGCUCCAUCCUGUCAAAGAAAUCUUCCUUACAAGGACCCUUCAUUUUCUCUUUCACAAUGGUAUAACUCGAAUGGGCUGAGUCCAGGCUCUAACCUGACAAAAGUAGAUGCUAAGACGCUCCUGGAAACUGUGGGGGUGGGCCACUUCUUACAGGAUGUGGGCUGUGAGAGGAAAGGGUCAGUGUACAACCCUUCACAGAAUGGAUGGAAAUCAGAUUGCCAGUUGGUAGUUGAUAUUGACCCCAUCACAGAGCCUGUUAACUGUUUUAUAAGGGACUCCUGCACUGCUAUUAGUUGCUGUGCAGAGGUUGGAUUUCUACAGCAGUCCUUUGAGAUUUACAUGACACUUGACCCCUGCACUGACACCAUACAAGUAGGAAUAGAAAAGCUCAACUUCAAUGUCAGCUUGAGCGCCAUUACUAUGGGUGCAACAAAUGAACUGUAUCUUAAUGGGAUUGUACGAGUCAUAUACACUAUUGUGGACCUGCAACAGGCAAGAAAGUACAAUGUGUCCAUGACUGUGAAGGUCUGCUUUGAGGCCGCUGACGACAACCUUUGUCUGUAUUCAGUGGAUGUUUUCUCCUCCACUCUCCUUCCAAAGCGUAUCUGUAACUGGGAGGCUGACUUCUCACAACCAGGAUUCACAAUAUCCCAGUGGUAUUUUGAAAACUCCGUACCACUCCCAAAUUUCGGGUUGAGCCCAGAGAAGUGGAACAAGCUGUUGGAUGAUUUAGGAAUCAGGUCAUUCAUAAGUACCAGUCCCUGUUCAUUAGAUAUGGAAGCCUACACACCCACCACCCCACAAGGAUGGAAUAAUGAAUGUCAGCAGGACUUGUCAUCUACAUUUUUAGCCCUGCCCUCACAUGCCCGGUGUCAGAUACCCUUGUACUGCUCUGGUUUUAGCUGUUGUAUUUAUGAUGAACACAUUCUGUAUCACCACUUUACUGUGGGGGUCAGACUGGAUGACUGUAAUCAUCUAGUCACCAUUCAAUUAGAGAAACUCUACAUAGAAAUCCCUCUUGUCAACUACACAUUUGGUGUUAGUGAGAAGAGGUGGAUUAUGAGUGUCUUGAGAUUUGAGUUUAGAAUAGAUGACCUACCAACAGAAAACAGCUACAAAAUCACUGCUUCUGUUCGCAUUUGCUUCGAACAGGCAUCAUGUGCAGUAGACACUAUCAACCUGUUGUCUGAUUUCAAGGUACCCAAAACAACAUGUGAAUGGGGAACAGGCUUCUUGACAGACUUUUCUUUAAAGUCUUGGCUUAGAGGUAAGGGAUUGGCAGACGGAGUGAACCUUUCCCAGACUGAUGCCAGACGGCUGGAAACAGCAGUUGGUCUCUCAGAUUACCUUGAGGACACCAAUCAGUGCAGCAGGGCUAGCAGUGAAUACCAGUCUAACAACAAUGAUGGAUGGAACAAUGAAUGUAGUGAUGCCUCAUUGCCACCCCCUCUACCACCAUCAGUCUCCUGCAGAAUCCUACCCGAUUGCAGCAGUAUUGACUGUUGUGCGGAUGUGAGCUUCCUUGCUAAUCGUUCUGUCAACAUCCAGGUCCUGAUGGAUCCGUGUGCUUCUGUCCUGAGUCUGAACAUUGAGAAGAUCCAACAUAACAUGACUUUGUACAACUACCAGUUUGGCAAGCUGGAUAAUUUCACACUGCAAGGAAUUAUUAAGAUUGACUAUAUGAUUGAGAAUUUUCCAUUAUUAAGAACCUAUGUUGUAAGCAUGAACUUAAGUCUGUGUUUGGAAUCCUCUGAGCCAAGUGACUGUGUGUACUCUGAAGUAAUUCUGAAGAAUGCAGUCCUUCCCAAACAGACCUGUGACUACGCUAUGGAUUACGUGAAUCCUGGGUUCAGUCUGGGAUCAUGGCUGUCCACCAAGGGUUACACCGAACCCCUGACAGGUGACCAAGCCAACUCUCUGAUGAGGGAUCUAGGAAUGGAGAAGUUUGUGAGUUUAACUUGUGAUAGAAACAGCUCCUUUUAUCAGCCAGAGACCAUUCCUGGAUGGAAGAUUGAACCAGGCUGCAUGGCUGAGCCAGUGGAACUGUGGGAGAAUGACACAAACUGUUACAUUAACAGUAACUGUACCAUGAUCAGUUGCUGCUUGGAUGAUGAGGUGACUGGUAAAUCUUAUCAGCUGUCUGUUCAGAUCCUGACCUGUGACCAGAAGCUGCUAGUCACCCUGGAGAGAAGAACUUUCACACUGCCUCUGGUGAACUAUGCUGAUGGAGCCACUCAUAUCUUUACGCUGUUUGGUGUUUUCAUUCUAGAACUCAACAUAGAUGAUCUGAUAUCUCGGAACGAGUAUGCUAUAUUUUUGAAACUGAAGCUUUGCUAUACCCCAAAAAUGAAUUGUGAGAAAAUCAUCACACUUCUGGAAAACUCGAGGUGCUCUAAAGUGAACUGCACUACAGAUCAGUUUGCCAUAAAUGAGUUUUCAUUGACCCAGUGGUUAAACGACAGUCAGAUAUCAGCUGGACCUGUGUUAGAGGAGUGGGUUGUAGAGCACCUUAACAUGGACCUCAAACUGUCUGCGCUACUUAUGAACCCUGCCUGUGACAAAACCUCCUACUUAGUGGAUCAGAACAACUGGAAUACAUCAAUGUGUCCCCAGUCUCUGUCUCUGCCAGCCCUCCCCACACACACAUCCUGCAUGCUGACAUCCUACUGCUCUGGACUGACCUGUUGUACAAACAUUGCACUGAUGAGGAUGACCUUCCAGUCUGAGGUCAAGCUAGAUAGAUGCCAAGGAAAAGUGUUUCUGAAAAUUGAAAAUCAGCAAAUGUCCAUUGCACUUCACAAGUUCCAGUUCUCAUCUUGGCAAAUAUACACCCUUGGGAAUGUGCUGAGGUUGAAGUACAAAGUAGAUCACAUAACAGCAGAGAGCAAGUACAGAUUUAGCCUGAAUGUUAGUGUCUGUUUGGAAACAUCAGAUGAAUGUUACCUCAAUUUUCCAGUGAUGACAGAUGUUGAUAUACCUAUUCUUGACUGUGAUUUCAACAAUGUGUCCUAUGCCAUCAAAGGUUUCAACUUCACAAAUUUCCUUAUCACUCGAGGACUUCCUCCGUCUUCUACAGUCUUGUCUUCUGACAAUACCCUGCAGCUACUGGAACAUUUGAGAGUGGAGACAUUCUUUAAUGACACUGCAUGUGACAGAGCCUCAUUUUCUGGUGCCCUUCCCUCAGGAUUUUCUAUAGAUGCUGGGUGCACUGAAGACAUUUCUCCUUUUCUGCUGAACCUUACCAAAACAAACUGUAGAAUUGGUUCCUCUUGCCUGGAUUUCCUCUGCUGUUCCCAGAUAACUACAAUUGGAAGGACUCUGAAUUACGAUUUCAGUGUUGAUCCCUGUUUGCAUACUUUGAGUGUCAGCAUUGAGGACUUUGACUAUCAGAGAUCACUAGUUAACUUUGAAUAUGGUGUUGCACAAACAUUUACUGUUGGCCAGGUCUUUGUAGUAGAGUACCAGGUAACAGAUUUGACCGGACAAAGACAGUUUUUAAUUGAUCUGAAGCUCAGUGCCUGCUUUGAUGAUGGUGAACCAUGUCAACAGAUCAUACCUAUCCUUAAAAACUACCUGGUGACAAAACCACAGUGUGCUUGGUAUACAGGAUUUGUACAGCCUGGUUUUUCCUACACCAGCUGGCAGAGCACUCAUGGAUUAACAGGGACUCUAGUUCUACAGUCCAGUGAUGUGGCAAGUCUUCUUAGCACAUUGGGAGUCACAAAGUAUAUGCAGUCUCCUUCUUGCAAUGGAAUGACUGGAGACUACGAAAAUCCGUAUCAGGGCUGGAGAUCAGUAUGUUCGAACGAUGAGGGAAUCAACAGACCUCUGUUUAACACCAGUUUAGCGACGUGUAUCCUGUCCCAGACUUGUACAGGAGUGAAAUGUUGUAUAAGUGUGCCCAGGCUGAGUUUAUCCGUCCAGUCCUAUGUGGAGGUCAAUUCUUGUAACCAAACACUGGAAUUGGGAAUAGAGAGAUUAAAAUUUAAUAGGAGUCUGUAUGGUUACAAGUUUGGAGAGCAUGAACAAUUUGAUCUUUAUGGAUUUGUGGUCAUUGAUUUUAUAAUAACUGACUUGCCAUUUGGAGGAAGCAAUGGCCAGUAUUUGGUGAAUUUGAACAUCAGUAUCUGUUUUGAGUCUGGACAGCCGUGUGACGCUGUGAUAUCUGUGUUUGAGGAUUCACUAUUGCCUAAAGAAAACUGCAACAGAAGAAGGGACUUCUUAGAUCCAGGAUUUUCUCUGGAUACAUGGAAAACUCAACAUGGCAUAAUCAGCAGUGGACCACUAGAUGUACACAAUGUAAAACUCCUAAUGCAGGACCUUGGGGUGGCUCCAUUUGUUAAGGAUCCCUCAGAUAGAUGUGAUUGGACCUCAUCUGCCUAUUCUGGAGCAAAUGCAGAUGGAUGGAGUGAUGGUUGUAACACCACAACGGAGGGGUUGUCUUCCCUUGGUGCUGAGACUCGCUGCUCCAUUUCCUCAUCCUGUACUGAUGUACACUGCUGUCUGAAGUCCAAAACCCUGCAGGAGAUGUUUGAUGCCUACAUCUACCUAGAGCCCUGCAACAGCAAGGUGACUGUAGGCAUAGAGAAGUUUCAGUGGAACGAUACACUAGUGGACUAUCAGUUUGGGACGUCCAUGCAUGUUUCUCUGUUUGGCCUCAUCAAUCUUGACUAUAUCAUCACAGACUUGGUGAGUGAGAAUGUAUAUGGAGUAAGAUUCAACUUGAGUAUUUGUUUGAACUCCACUGGUCCCUGUGAAGUUCAUGUAGAAGUGUUCAAUGAAAAUCGGCUAAACAAACCCAGCUGCAACUGGACCAGAGACUUUGCUAUUGAAGGUUUCUCCUUGGAGUCAUGGCUGUCAGAAAGAGGUUACACAGACUCAGCUGAUUUGCCCAAUUACAUUGUAUCUCAGCUGCUGCAAGACCUUGACAUAGCUCCAUUUCUAAGUGACACUAGCUGCAACAGGAGAUCUUUCCCUUUUUACCCAAACACAGAUGGAUGGAACAAAGCUUGUGGUGAGUAUGUGGCCCUGAGCCCUAUAUCCUCCAACACAACCUGCCAUAUUUUUGACUUCUGUACUGGUGUGAGGUGCUGCUCAGAAGUGGGAUUUAUUCGUCAAUCUCUGAAUACAUUCCUCAUCAUUGACAACUGUAACUACAAACUGGCUGUUGGGAUUGAGAAGCUGGUAGUCAAUAGUAGUUUACACUCCUAUGUCUAUGGUACUACUGAGACAGUCAUGUUGAAUGGAGUUGUCAGGUUACAGUACUCCAUUAAUGAUUUUCCUAAUGAGAACAAGUUCCAAGUGAAUGUCAGUCUGAAAAUCUGCUUUGAAACCAACAAACCCUGUUUACUAGAAAUUCCAGUAUUCUCCAACACAAAGCUGCCAAAGAAGGUGUGCGACUGGACAACAGACUUCCUGGAUCCAACCUUCUCCUUCACUGCAUGGAAAAGCGAGAGAAAAAUCACAGGGACGGGUCUGUCAGACAAUUUCCUGGCAGAGCUAAUGGAUGACCUAGGACUGUCUUCAUUCAUACUGAGCAAGGAAGAAAAAUGUAGUAACAGUAAAACGCCAUUUACUCCUGCUGUGGAUGGUUGGCAUAAUGAGUGCCCCCAGACCCUGAGGUCAGCCCUUCCCUCCCUGUCUGGUCAGCCCAUCACCUGUCACAUCAACUCCUCUUGUAGUGGUCUUCAGUGCUGUGUUGAUGUGGCUUCCCUCAGCACCAGCUUUGUCACCAAGCUGGAGGUAGACCCUUGCACCUACAAGAUGACUGUGGGAAUUGAGAAACUCACCUUCUCUAAAGACUUGUUUGAUUAUGAGUGGGGACAGCAGGAAGAAAUUUGGAUGUUUGGGGUGGUCAGAAUGAAAUUCACAUUGUAUGACCUGUACACAGAGGGAUAUUUCCUAAUCGACCUUCAGGUGGAGGUGUGCUUGGAAGCUAGCAAUGUGGAUAACUGUGACCUGUCCAUUGUUGUCUUAAAAAAUUACUACCUUCCGAAGCAAAACUGCAGCUGGGACCCUGGGUUUGUGACAUCAGGCUUCAACAUUUCUAGCUGGUUGGCUAGCCAAGGAGUGCCGUAUACAGAGCCACUAGACAGCUCAGUGGUGGACAAUCUCGUGUCCGACCUCUCAGUGGCACAGUUUCAACUGGAACCUUCUUGCUCCUGGACAAGUCAUGAGUACAGUGAUGUGGCCACCAAAUGGAACAAUUACUGCUCACCUAGUGUACAGACUUCACUGUCUGGUGUGUCUGACAGAACCCUGUGCAUCGUGUCCCCAUCCUGUACAAACAUUACCUGCUGUGUCAAUGUCCCUCUUCUUAACAGGACAUUUGAGGUUCAACUGGCAAUAGAUCAAUCCUUCAACGUGAUGAGAACAUAUGUAGAAAAAAUCUCAAGGAGACAAUCUCUGGUUGGGUACAGUUUUGGGACACAGGAGAAACUGAGUGUUCAAGGAGUGUACAAGCUACUGUACAAAGUGAAUGACUUGGUGGAUGGAAACUUGUUUGAUGUGUCCAUGACUGCUCAGGCCUGUUUUGUGGAUGGUGCAUCAUGUAACUACAGUGUCCCCAUUCUGACAAAUGCCUUGAUACCAAAGGUUAACAGAAUGUGGAAUACUAGCUACACCUUCAACGAUUUUUCCCUGUCUCAAUGGUUGAGGGAGAAGGCAGUGGUAGCUGGCUCUGUUCUCCAACCUCAUCAUGUUAGUGAACUGUUUGAGAAACUGUCUAUAAAGGCUUACAAAAGGACACCUUCAUGUGAUAGAAAUGAAUCUGUCUAUGCCUCUCCAGAUGGCUUGGGAUGGAACAAUGAUUGUGCCGCAGUAAGUGAUAUGUUACCUUUGACCUCCUAUCCCCUGACCUGUAGCCUGGACAGUACCUGUAACAAAGUGUCCUGCUGUGUGGAUUCAGGGUUCACUAACUCAACAUUUGAGGUGGUUUUUGACUUGAACCACUGUACAAGAAUGUUAAGUCUGGAGAUUGAAGAUUUAAAAGUGCAGAUUCCAUUUUCAGAAAUUCAGUGGGAGAUGCCAUCAAACUUCUAUUUGAACAGUGUGGUCAGACUAGAUUACACUGUGUAUGACCUGUAUGCAGAGAACUUUUAUUUGGUUGAUUUGAAGUUAUCGGUGUGCUGGGAAACCUAUGAACCAUGUGAAUUUGAAGCACAGCUAUUUAAGAACAAAAUGUUACUGAAAAGAACAUGUCCAGGAAACAUGACCUUUGAACAUUCAGGAUUCUCCUUGAGCACAUAUGCCACUACAAAUGGCCUUGACCAGAAUAACCUCCAGGGAAAUGACCUGGCUUACCUGUACAACUACCUGGGGAUUUCUAGUUACCUGUACACGCCCACCUGUAACAGAAGUGAUGACAAGUACACACCUAGUACUAAUGGAUGGAAAAGUGCAUGCCCAGUAAAUAUAACAUCCAUGCUGCCACCUUUGGCAUCCAAUGUGAACUGUCAUAUAACCUCAACAUGCACCAAGAUAGAGUGCUGUCUUGAUGUUGCAAAGUUUGACUCUCGGCCACUGAACUUCUACAUAUUCUUGGAUAAUUGUGAUUGGAUGAUUAGCUAUGGAAUGGACAGUUUCAUUGUAAAGCCAACAAUUUUACUUGAUUUUGAAUUUGAUGUGUGGCAUGAACUUUGGAUGAAGGGGGUUUUCAGAAUGAGAUUCAUAGUUACUGAUUUACCUGGAGGUGACAAGUUUCUAGUCAGCUUGACUUUUAGUGUGUGCUUUGAAGAUGGCUCAGUUUGUGAACAGGAGGUGGGCAUUCUCAACAAUGCUCUUUUACCAAGACAGUCAUGUGACUUUAACAUUGGAACCCCAAUAUUAAAUUUCACCUUCACUGAAUGGAAGAGACAAAAAGGCUACAUGACCAUGGAAGCAUUUAGUAUUGCUAAGUUGGAAGAAGAACUAGGAUUGUAUGGAUAUCUGCAUAAUUCCACCUCCAUGUGUAACAGAACUGAUGGAAUAUAUUCUGGCUCAACUAAUGCCUGGAGAAAUGACUGUCCCAUUUCUAUCUAUGGAAGCCUUCCUUACAUUGAUGGUCCUAUAACCUGUAACCUGGGCCCCACCUGUACCUCUGUCACCUGCUGUGUCCAGUUAGAGCCACUGUCCAGACAUCUUACCUUGAUGUUGAGUCUGAAUCACUGUCAGGACAAGAUGGACAUCAUGGUGGAUAAAUACUCGCAGCAGAUAAGGAUCAGCCAGUACCAGCACUGGGGCACCACUCAAGUUUUGGAUGUCAGCAAUGUUGUAAAACUAAGUUUUAAAUUGGAGAAUCUAGAGAGUGAGAACACCUUCCUGAUCAGCUCUUCCAUCAUUACCUGCUGGGAGGGGCCAUCCAACUGUCAGAACUAUGCACUCUUCAGCAAUGUCAGACUGCCUAAAUACACUGGUUUGUCUGAAUGUGACUGGAAAUCUGAGUUCAUCCAGUCAGAUUUCUCAGUGAGUAGUUGGGUUUCCACCAAUGGCUAUACAGACAGCACACCCCUUGCUGCUGUCGCACAACAGAAUCUGAUGAAGUACCUCCAAAUGGCUUACUACAAAGACCCUGAUUGUGAUGGAACGAGUGGCCCUUAUACUCCAGCUAAUGCAGACAGGUGGAACACAAGUUGCUCAACUAGUACGGAUCUGUCGCCACUUCCAAGUACCAUGUCCUGCCACCUGCCUGACAUCUGUACAGGCCUGGACUGUUGUGUGUCCAGCUCCAAACUGGGCAGAACAUUUAGGACAUUCCUAGAUAUCGACCCCUGUAUAUCCAAAAUUACAGUGGGCAUUGAUAACUGGAGGUUUACAGAGACGCAUAGGAAUUUAUCCACAGGUUUGACAAAGAGCAUAUGGUUACAGGGUGUAGUAAGAAUGGAUUUUGAUGUAGAGACUCUGUGGAGUGACCAAAUGUACAUAGCCAACUUAAAGAUUAGCAUUUGUUUGGAGAGUGGUGGACCCUGUGAAAUCAGCAACCAAACCGUGUUCAACAACAGCCUUUUAGCCUUCAGACAAUGCAUCUGGGCUCAGACUUUGCCAAGCGGAUUUUCUUUAAGUUCCUGGAAAUCCACUAACAAUUUCUCCACCAGUGACCCUCUACCAGACUAUGCCAUCGCCAAGGUUAUGGAUCUGUUAGACCUGUGGAGAUACCGGAAAUCGACCACCUGUCAGAGACCUCAACCACCAUACUCGCCUACAUACAUUGGAUUUGUACAAGAGUCUCCCUGUAACGUGCCUGGUUUGCCCUACAAUCUGCAGAAGAAGACUUACUGUGUGGUGCAGUCCUCUUGUACUGCCAUCUCCUGCUGUACAGAUGAUCCAGAUAUGGACAAGACCUUCACGUGGUUCAUUGACAUUGAUGUUUGUAACCAUAUUCUGAAGAUGGGCAUUGAGGAGUAUUCAGCAGACUUUUCACUUCUUAAUUUCCCAUUCAGGAAGACACAGUACUUUGUACUUUCAGGAGUAUACAAAAUAAGCUACAUCAUCUAUGAUCUUAGAGGAGUUGGGGAAUACAUGAUGAGUGCUGAUGUCUCGGUGUGCUAUGAGCCCAGUAGUUGUGUUUUCACUGACAUUAUACUAAUCAAUGUGAGAUUCCCCAGACCAACCUGUGAUUAUAAGUCCACAGACUUUAACCUGCCAGGAUUUUCCUUGACAUCAUGGACAUCUGACAAUGGUUUGUCCGGAGGAAUUCUACCAAAUUAUGCAGCAAGAAAACUGAUGAAGGAUCUUGGAGUUGCUAUGUACAUGAAUGAAACCUCUUGUAGCUCUGGAACAGGCAUUUACUCUGGCCUUGUUGAUGGAUGGAACAAAGAGUGUGGUACAUCAGUCACAACAGAUCCCUUGGCCUCGGGUAUUGUGUGCCACAUUCCCUCCACCUGUACCACAGUGCAGUGUUGUGUAGACGCCACCACACCACUAGGACGCUCCUUUACCACUGUUCUAGAUCUGGACCCCUGUAGCCACCAACUCACUGUUGGCAUCGAGAACUUCAUGCACACAUUUUCUCUGCUGGAUUUCAAGUUUGAUGAGAUACAUCACUUUUACUUGAAGAAUGUUGUCAGAAUGAUGUACUCAAUCUAUGACUUAGAGAGUGAUGGGAUGUAUAUAGUAGAUCUAAACAUCAGUUUGUGCUUUGAGUCUGCUAGCUCUUGUGAUCUGGAUGUAGAGGUAUUCAAGCAGACAGUUUUGAAGAAGAGAACUUGCCCAAGAUAUACAGGGUUCCUGCAAUCGGACUUCUCCCUGACUGUUUGGAAGCAGAACAAUGAAGUGAAUGGCACCACUUUGACCACAGCAGAGAUAGUGGUUUUACAGGAGGACCUGGGACUGUCCAGGUACUUUCUGGACACAGCUUGUUCUAGGCAGUCCUCAUUGUACAACCCACAUAGAGACUACUGGAAAAAUGAUUGUGGAUCAACAGCUACAGGAAUCGGUCAGUUUAUGACUACUGACAACAUCAACUGUCACUUGGCAUCAAACUGUACCACCUUGACAUGCUGUAUGGAGGAUAAUGUUACAAAGUCCCACAUAGAAGUCCAAGCAACUAUCGAUCCUUGCACUUUCAGCAUGAAACUGAGAAUUGAAAAGAUGGCAGUUGACAUUUCUUUAUUUAAUUAUACUUGGGGCGAACUUGAAAGAAUGGAUCUGUAUGGUGUAUAUGUUGUCAGCUUUACUCUGGACAAUCUGUACAAUUCUAAACAGUACGUGCUAAGUCUGAACAUCAGUCAGUGUUAUGAAUCUGACUGUGGAGUCAACCAUGUCAUUAUUACCAAUUCCCUGCUGUCUAAACCUGUCUGUGAUUGGGCUAUGGAUUAUCUCAUCACUAACUUUUCCUUGGCCCGAUGGAGGACAGACAGGUCCCUCCCAGAAACUGGAGCUAUUCCCAGUAACUACCUCCUAAGAUUAAUGGAUGAAACUGGGAUAGCUGGGUAUCUGAAAGUACCCAGCUGUGACAAGUCUACUGGCCUGUACGCUGGAGUGGUCAUUGGGUGGACCAGUGCCUGUACUGUCAACAUGACCUUGAUGAACUUGACCUCUGACCUGAGCUGUAGUCUGCUGAACUCCUGUACGGGGGUUCAGUGUUGUGCGACAUCCUCUACCCUUCAAAGAACUUUUGAAGUUUACAUAAACAUUGAUUCAUGUACCAGCAUUCUCAGCAUACAAAUAGAGCAACUAUUCUACAAUCAAACACUGGUCGAUUUCCAAUGGGGAGUGGAGCAACAUUUAUGGUUAUUUGGAAUAUAUAGAGUUGACUACAUGAUAGAUGACUUGCUGGAGGAAGUUGCCUAUUUAGUUACCCUGGAAAUAAAGUCCUGCUUUGAGACCUCCACUCCACAAUGUGAUUCUUCGGAGUCCUACACUGUGUUCAACAGGACAAUACUACCCAAAACAGAGUGCAUCUGGAGAGCAGAUUUCAAACAAACUGGGUUUUCACUAUCGACUUGGCUGUCUAACAAUGGUCUUGCUGACACCACAGCACUUCAACAACAGAGUCACAUGAUUUCCCAGCUGUUGGAUGAGGUGUCAGUAUCCCAGUACCUACAAACACCACCAUGUGAUGGAUCCAAGGGAGUGUAUGCCUCAGCAGUCAAUGGGUGGAGCUCUUUGUGCAGCAGCAGUGUAAACACAGGUAAUGUAACGGGCAGUGUCUGUCAUCUGACGUCAACCUGUACAUCCGUGGAGUGCUGUACAGAGAUUGACUUCCUACAGAGAUCCUUCAGAACGUACCUCAGAAUCGACCCUUGUAACUUUGUCAUGGUGGUGGGCAUUGAGACCUUCAACAGGAACAUCUCACUCUCAGGAUACCAGUGGGGAACACAAGAGCAUUUCUGGCUUUCAGGAAUAAUAAGAUUAGACUUUACCGUGGAUGACAUGUAUGGAGAAAGACUGUUCUUGGUCAACAUGAACCUGAGUUUCUGUUUUGAAUCAGCUGCAACUUGUUUCAAAUCCAUUGGAGUGUUUCAAGAUACACUUUUACCAAAAUCAACAUGUAGCUGGAAUUCCCUAGCAGGUUUCUCUUUGAGUAACUGGAGAUCCAGUAAUGGAGUCCCAGCAGGUGCCCCAAUGACAGGCUGGCCAGAGUCUCUGUUGUAUGAAGAGCUGGACAUUGCUCAGUAUCUGUAUAACACACAGUGUGUCAGGGGAUCUGGACUGUACACAAGCUCUAAAGUAUCAGGAGUGGAUAUUGGUUUCAAUACAGAUGCUGGCUCACAUUUACAGUUAUGCCAGUUGUCAGUGGACUUCAGUGACCACCACAUGGCUACCACCACAGCAGACAAGGCAACAUGUUACCUGCCCUCAUUGUGUACUGCUGUAGACUGCUGUGUAGAGAUCACCUCUCUGUCUCGCUCAUUUAACUUCUACAUCAACAUAGACCCCUGUAACUACCUCCUGAGGGUGGGCAUAGACAAUUUCUACUUCAACCAGUCGCUCGACAGAUACACAUUUGGAGAAGAGAGACUGUUUUCAAUGGCGGGAAUCUUGCAAUUACGAUACACAGUCAAUAAUUUAGUGGAUGAGAGAAUGUACUUGGUGAAUUUGAAGAUAAGCGUAUGCACAGAGAGUGGGUGUGAAGCAAACUAUACCAUCUUCAAGGACAUGCUUUUGCCAAAAAUAUCCUGUUCCUGGAACAGUGGAUUUAUUGACACAGGUUUUGUCGUGUCAAAUUGGAUGUCCAGUAAUGGGUAUAGCAGCCCACUAACAGACACACAGACAGCAGAACUCAUGAAGAUAGUUGGUGUAGGUCCAUAUCUUUUGGAAGAUCAGUGCAGUUCUACGUCGGGAAGAUUUAUAAAUGAACAAAAUGGAUGGGUUAAAGGUUGCUUCUCUCCAGUAACUCUGACCAAUCUGACAUCAACACCAUUGGUAUGUUACUUAGAUUCUACAUGCACUGCAGUAGACUGUUGUAUCCAGGUCACUCGCAUCAGUAGAACCCUCAAUGUCAAGGUGACCUUAGAUCCAUGUUCUCACAUGCUGACAGUUGAAUUGGAGAGAUUCAAAAUCAAGCUGGAUUUGCUGACCUACACAAAAGGCACAGUGAAAGAGUACUCUCUGCUUGGAUUCUUGACAAUUAGCAUGAAAUUAGAUGACUUGAGAUCCCAGAACAACUACUUGCUGGAUUUGGAUGUUAGGGUUUGCUUUGACAACAGCUCUACAUGUGAUGUUAUUGUGUCUGUACUGAAAAACACAAAGUUACCACAGAGGUCAUGUGACUGGUCAGCUGGUCUUCAAGGCAUGUCUGUGGCUAAAUGGUUGACCAACCUAAAUGUGGACAAUGCUACUAACCCGCUACCAGACCACCUACAGAGUUUGCUGCUUGAGGAUCAUGGGAUAUCGAACAUGAUGAAAGAAACUCAUUGUAGCAGAACAACAGAUCCCAAAUACACUACAACAAAUACCACAGUGAAUGGCUGGAACAUAGAUUGCACCUCGGCCCCUCCACUGCCCGAGCUUUCAGGGGACAUAACAUGCUACAUGUCUGACUCCUGCACCAGUGCCAGUUGUUGUGUUGAGGUGGCCAGGUUUGAUAAGAGGUCUGUAGAGGUAGCCCUGGACUUUGAUCAGUGUGGAAACUAUCUGGAUGUCUCUGUGGAAAAGAUUACCACCUCAUUCCUCCUCAAUGACUUCAAAUAUGGAGUACAGCAGAAAACCUCUUUGAAAGGAAUGUUUGAGAUGCAAUACAAUAUCAGAGAGGAUGACAUCAACAAGAAGUUUUCCUUUGACUUGAUGUUUGCUGUAUGCUAUGAAACAGGCUCUUGUGAUGAGACAUUUACCAUAUUCAACAGUACCGAGUAUGACAAAGUGACAUGCAGUUACAAAUAUGACUUCCUAGUCUCUGGGUUUUCCCUGAUUUCUUGGAGAUCUGCAAGGUCUAUAGCAAGUGUGAAUGAUAUCACUGAGGCUCAGGCUGAUGAUCUCUUUAUGGAACUUGGCUUGGAUCACUUCAUGUCUGCUGAUGAGAAAUGUUCAUCUUCUGACCUAAUUUACAAUGGCACAGUGAAUGGCUGGACCAAAGCUUGUACCAGCAGUGUGCCUGUGCUGCCCACCAUUACUGACAGUGUUUGUCACCUAAAAGCAGAUUGUACGUCAGUGGAGUGCUGCACAGAUAUAGGAUUCCUACAGAGAACUUUCAAAACGUCAGUCACUCUGGACCCUUGUAACUUCCUACUCACUGUCAGCAUAGAGCGCAUGACAAGGGAGAUCACUCUCACUGGAUACAGCUGGGGUAAACAAGAGCAUCAUUGGCUGAAUGGAGUAGCAAGAUUGGACUACUCUGUGAAAGACAUGUAUGGUGAAAGAAAAUACCUUGUGAGCAUGAAUAUGAGCUUCUGUUUUGAGACAUCUGGAGCCUGUUACUUAAGUUUCAAAAUACUAGAGGACACCAUUCUACCUAAAGUUCUCUGCUCAUGGGAGAACACACCAAGCUUCUCAUUGAAUGCAUGGAAGACUGGUAAAGGUUUGAUUCCAGUAGCCCCCCUCCCCUCGUGGGCACAGACAUUGUUGUUUGAAGAACUGGGAAUGGCACAAUACCUUACGCCCACAGCAUGUUCCAGGGGAUCAGGACUGUACAUAGACUCCAAGAGUGGAGCAGACAAUAUAGGAUUUAAUACAGAUUCAGCAACCUACUCUCAGUUAUGUCAGUUAUCAGUGGACUAUAGUGACCACCACAUGGCUACCACCACAGCAGACAAGGCAACAUGUUACCUGCCCUCAUUGUGUACUGCUGUAGACUGCUGUGUAGAGAUCACCUCUCUGUCUCGCUCAUUUAACUUCUACAUCAACAUAGACCCCUGUAACUACCUCCUGAGGGUGGGCAUAGACAAUUUCUAUUUCAACCAGUCGCUCGACAGAUACACAUUUGGUACAGCUGACAAUUUCUUCAUGACUGGAAUAUUGCGUAUAGUUUUUAGCAUAGAAGACUUGACAGAUGACAAAGCAUAUCUGGUGUCUAUGAAUAUUAGCAUCUGCACUGAGAGCAUAUGUGAGGCCAGUUACGUCCUUUUGAGUAAUAUGAUGCUUCCUAAGCAGCCUUGUAGCUGGUCAGAGGGAUUUGCCUUUCCAGGCUUUUCUUCUGCACAGUGGAUGAAUGACAAUGGCUACUUGUCUCCCCUUUCUGCCUCUGAGACAGCUGAACUUAUGGCAUACAUGAGGGUAGGGAGGUACUUGAUAAAUCCUACGUGUGAUGCUUCAACAGGGAUAUACUCAGGAACAACUGAUGGAUGGAACAACACCUGUAUAGCAGCAGAGGGAAUCCCCGCUUUGACUUCUGACCCUGUGGCCUGCCAUUUGGCCAAUUCCUGUUUGGCCAUAGAUUGUUGCAUCAGGGUCACUAAAAUAAGUAGGAACCUCAACAUUAAACUUGAGCUAGAUCCUUGUGCAUACAUGAUGACAAUAUACAUGGAGAGAUACCAGAUAGAGGUGGACCUUCUCACUUUUAACUACAGCACUGCUACCACAUACCAGUUGAUGGGCAUGAUCAGAAUGAGUUUAACACUAGACAACUUGGAGUCACAGAACGAGUACUUGGUCAGCCUUGAUGUCAGUGUUUGCUUUGAGAGUGGGUCAGCAUGUGAUGUCUCCAUGUCUGUUUUAAAGGAUUCUAAACUUCCUAAAAUGACAUGUGAUUGGACAGCUGGAUUAGGAGGGUUUUCUCUGGGGUCAUGGCUGAGGGAACAUGGAGUCAAUGGUAAUCCCAACCCACUGCCAGAUCAGUUUCAAAGUCUUCUACUGGAGGAUCACGGAAUAGCUAACAUGUUGAAGGACAACAGAUGUGAUAGAUCUUCUGAUGAAAGAUACAAAACCGUAAAAUCAAUAAAUGGGUGGAUAAAAGAAUGUGAAUCAACGACGGUAUUGAAGAACUUACUACCAGGUAAUAUCACCUGUUUCAAUCCCACAUCUUGCACCGCUGCCUCCUGUUGCCUGGAGAUCGAGCGUUUAGGAGGACGAUCAGUGGAAGUGUCUCUGGACUACAAUCAUUGUGGGAACUACCUAGAUAUCACUAUAGACAGGAUUCCCAUCAAACAGUAUCUGACAGAGUUUCAGUAUGGCACAGAGCAGACAGUUUCACUGAAAGGGAUGUUCAAGCUUAAGUACAAUAUUACAAAAGAUGAAGUGCAAAGAAAAAUUAAAUUAGAUUUCGAGGUGCAAGCAUGCUAUGAACCAGGAUCAUGUGAAGAGACUUUUGUCAUAUUUGAACAGACAGCAUUCAAUAUGAAAACCUGCACAUACAAUGAAGGAUUUCUUAACUCAACUUUCUCUUUGACCAACUGGAUGAGUGCCCGGUCCAUUGCUGAUGUGGCUUCUAUAACAGAGGCUCAGGCAGACAGUCUGUACAUGGAGCUGGGACUGGACCACUUUAUGUACAACACAGAUCAGUGUACUCUCUCUGAUACAACAUAUGGACCCGCAACAGGAGGAUGGAUAAGCGAUUGUCCCUCAAUACCAUCAUCUACACUGGGUAGCAUUACUGACAAGAACAAGGUAAGGUGCCACCUGAAAUCAAGCUGUGAUUACGUGUCCUGUUGUGUGUACAUGGCUGAAGUUAAGAGACAUGCCAGGGUGGACAUGGAGAUCAGUGUUUGUAACCAUACCAUGAACGGAGCCAUUGAUAAUCUUCAAGUUUCCACAGACCUAAUGAGCUACACUUGGGAUACGGAUAAAGAAUUUAGUCUGCAUGGAGUGAUCAAAUGGAAAGCCAGACUGAUUGAUGUGCCAUCUCAGCAUGUACAUGUGGCUGUCUUUACAAUCAGUACCUGUUUCGAGAGUAGCACAUGUCACGAAGAGACAAUUCUUGAUAACACAGUUUUCCCCAAAGAAUCAUGUGACUGGAAUGCUGAUAUUCAAGGUGGAUUUUCUGCCUCAACUUGGAUGACAAGUAACAGUUACACAUCUCCUCUAAAUGCUGCUCGCACUUCAGAAUUAAUGACUGAAAUGGGAACCUCAAAAUACUUGUUGACCACGGCUUGUCUUUCAAAUUCGGGCAUCUAUGCCUCACCAACCAUGGGAUGGACGAAAGCAUGUGCCUCUUCUGUAUCUUUACCUGACAUCAGCUCCAAGUCAGUGGUGUGUCACCUGGAUGACACCUGUACAGGUGUAGAGUGCUGUCUGUCCCCAUCACUGCUCAGCCACUCCCUCAAUGUCAAAGUCAGUCUGGAUCCCUGUACUUUCUUGAUGACCAUCUACCUGGAAAAGCUGAGAAUCAGUGUGGAUCUAUACAACUAUGUGCAUGGAACAACUCAGAGGUUUUUCUUAAAAGGCAUGCUUGGUAUUGAAGUAAGUUACUAUGAGCUACAGGCACAAAAUCAGUACAUUGUGGACUUGGACAUCAGUGUGUGCUUUGAAAGUGCUUCCGCCUGUGCAAUUGUGGCAUCAGUCCUGAAUAACACAGUCCUACCCAAGAGAGACUGUGAAAGAUCUGCUGAAAUGACUUUUUCGGUGAACAACUGGAUUGCUGGGAAGGGUUACUCAGGAACUCUGACACCGCUGCCUGGGCACUUACAACAGAGAGUGACAGAAGAACAUGGGGUAGCUAACAUGAUGAAACAACAUGUCUGCAACAGAACAGCUGAUACUGUCUAUACUUUGUCCACUGUUGUCAAUGGAUGGAUAACAGAGUGUUUACCUGCCCCAACACUACAGGAUCUGAGCAGUAAAGCCAUCACCUGCUACAAUCCUAGCUCUUGUACUGGAGUCACUUGUUGUAUGGAGAUUGACAGAUUUAAUGGGCGACCUCUAGAAGUAGUGGUAGAUUUUAAUGAGUGUGCAAACUACAUGGAUAUCACUGUAGAGAGAGUACCAGUCAGAAUGUAUAUAACAGAUCUAUUUCUAAAUGAUACAACAUACACAGUAGGCUUGAAAGGGAUGUUCAAAACAAGCAUUUCUAUCAACACGGAUGGAGAAAACAAACAGUACAGAUUUACUCUAGAUGUUUCAGCAUGCUACAACACUGUACUCUGCAGUCAGACCUACAAUAUCUUCUCCAACACUAUCUUCAACAUGAAAACCUGCAACUACACAGGAGGAUUUAUCAAUUCAUCUUUCUCUUUGACCAACUGGAUGAGUGCCCGGUCCAUUGCUGAUGUGGCUUCUAUAACAGAGGCUCAGGCAGACAGUCUGUACAUGGAGCUGGGACUGGACCACUUUAUGUACAACACAGAUCAGUGUACUCUCUCUGAUACAACAUAUGGACCCGCAACAGGAGGAUGGAUAAGCGAAUGUCUAAGUGGAAUUCCAACCUCAACACUGGGAAACAUUUCCAAUCCAGCAGAAAUCCGUUGUCACAUUGCUUCAUCAUGUGAUCAGAUCUCUUGUUGUAUGUACCUGGCACCAGUAAAACGCCAUGUUGAAACCGUCACAAAAUUUAACUUCUGCAGAUAUAAAAUGGAAGCAAGGAUUGACAAACUGAAAGAUACAACUGAUCUUCUGGAUUAUUCAUGGGGGUCAUCCAAAGAGUUUAAUUUGAAUGGAGUUGUAAGAUGGAAGAUGAAUCUUGAGGAUUUGGUAGUUCAGAGAAAGUAUGUAGCAGACCUACAGAUUCAAGUCUGCUAUGAAGCGGCCACAUGCACUAUAAGUGAGAAUGUUCUAGUGGACACAAAGAUCACACAAUCUGUAUGUGACUGGACUACUGGACUCCAAGGAUUUGGAUUAUCCACCUGGUUGACAAACCAAGGUCUGAAUGCUGCUCUUGAUCCGCUAUCAACUUUCCAAAAGUCAGAGCUCCUAAAAGAUCAUGAGAUUGAAAACAUGAUGCAGUCACCUUCCUGUAGUAGAACAACAGACCCAAUUUACUCAGCAGCUGGAUUUGAUGGCUGGAAUUCUAAUUGCACCAGUCCUCCCUCUCUAAGGAACCUGACAGGAGAAGCCAUAACAUGCUACAAUCCUUCCAUCUGCUCUGCAGCCAAAUGUUGCCUGGAUGUUUCUCGACUGUCUGGUCAAUCUGUGGAAGUAUCUCUUGUCUUCAGCCAGUGUCGGAAUUACCUGGACAUCACUGUAGAAAAAAUAACGGUCAAUCAUUACCUACACAACUUUACAUUUGGUACAGAACAGAAAAUGUCUCUAAAGGGCAUGUUUGAAUUGAGGUACAAAAUCACAGAGGACACAGCCAAUAACAAAUAUAAAGUAGACAUGUCUGCCCAUGUGUGUUAUGAAGAUGGUGCUGCUUGUGCUGAGAGCUUCACCAUAUUUACGGACACAGAAUUUUCAAUGAAAAGCUGCACUUACAAUGAUGGAUUUCUGGACCCAGCUUUCUCUUUGACCAACUGGAUGAGUGCCCGGUCCAUUGCUGAUGUGGCUUCUAUAACAGAGGCUCAGGCAGACAGUCUGUACAUGGAACUGGGACUGGACCACUUUAUGUACAACACAGAUCAGUGUACUCUCUCUGAUACAACCUAUGGCUCUGCUACAAAUGGAUGGAAAAAUGACUGUACAACAAAAACAGCAUCGUUGACUGAUCCAACUCAACAGAACCUGGUGAGAUGUCACAUACCAGCUUCUUGUGAGCAAGUCACAUGUUGUGUAUAUAUAGCACUAGUUAAACGGCACACCAAAAUGGAACUCGAUAUGAAUACAUGUACUUACAAAAUUAAUUCAGUUGUGGGAAAUCAAGUAGCCAAGGAAGAUAAUGAACUCUUCAACUAUGUGUGGGGGACAGAUGAAGAAAUACAAAUCCAUGGUGUUGUAAAGUGGGGUUACAAAGUGUCGCACAAUCCUGCAACAUCCACAUUUGCAGUCCAGGGCAAAGUCAGUUUGUGCUAUGAUGCCGGUUCAUGUACUGAUGUUGAGAUGAAUUAUCAGCUUGGCUAUGAAGUCUGUACACCACCACCUUCAGCAAUAUACAUGCCAGGGGUACCAUUUGGACUUUGGAAGCUCACACAGUGCACUGGAUUUACUUAUGAUACAUCAGGUUGCCCUGAAUUCAAUCUUCCAAUCGAUGGACAAAACAAUUGUGGCAUUCUACCAGACUGUUCAGGAAUUGAGUGUUGUCUUAGCACUGUCUUUGAUUUGGGCUCUAGAAAUAUCUACUUCAAAAUCCGAGUCAACUGUGGAAGCAAUAGUGUUGAUUUUGAAAUUGAAAAUGAAGAAUACAGCAAGGCUCUGUCAUCUUUAACAGAUGGAAUUUCAGCUACAGAGACUAUUGGGAGUACACCCACAUUUAGUCUUGACUACUCCAAGACAAAAGUUAAUGAUACUCAUGAAAUCUCAGCAUCUCUAACUAUACGUGACACUUCCCCAACAACGUAUUCAUUGAUUGAUGAUAACAGUUAUAUAAAUACAACAUCAUGUACCACAAAAAAGAGGAAACGACGAUCCACCAAUCUGUCACAACUUGAUCCAACUGAUUUCAAAGCUGGGGUGAGGUCUUUGCUGCAGAGUGGAGCCACCAAUGAAGACAUUGAGGCUUUCAGAGUUCUCUGCCAAAAUUAUGUAAAUUCUGCAAGGUUGACCAAUUUGGCCAGUACUUUUCUUUCAAAUGAUGAUGCAAAAACAAGCAUGAAGACACAGAUAAUGUCACUAGGAUUUAACAACCCUCUGACUUUACCAGUUUUGAAUGAUAUACCCGGAAAUUCCACCAUUCAAGGAGCGGAAUCCAUCGAGGAACUUAUUGGUCCAGGACCCAUUCCUUCAGCAGAGAGGGAUGGUGGAAUUUAUGUAGUCGGACAAGGUCUGAAUGCUAAAGGUACGAAGUUGUUGAGCAGAAAGCUGGCUUGCAUGACGAUUGGAGAUCUGGAGGCAAUACUAGACUUAAAGAACAUGAAUGCUUCUCAAGUUUCCCAGCUAUUAUCCCAACUGAAAGAUUUAGUCAAAGCUUUGUACUCGGACUUCAAUAGCAGAUUAAAUCUAAGCAGCAGUACAGAUAAUAUUUUCAAGAAAUUUGACCUGGAGCUUUUAGGAAACAGAGAUUUUCCUCGACAAACUUGCAAUCUCUUCACGUAUGACAAGACAUUCCUUGUUGGAGGCCUCAUCAAAAUGAACUUUGGAUUCAGUGCAACGGGAACCUUUGGUUCAAUCUUCACUGCCAAUGUGAAGGUUAUGGAUAUGACAGGUAUUGUAAAGGUGGAUCCAUAUGGAUCAGUGGUGGUAAAAGGUCAACUCUUUGUUGGAAAUUUUUUGAAUGGGACUCUGAAGUUGGAAGGAAGCAUGAUUGAAGUGGGAUUUCCAUCAACAGCAGAACUUAGCUUCAGUAAAUUUCCACUAGAAGUGGGAGUUCAAAUGUACCUUAAUCUGAAACCUGUGAGGCUGACACUUCAAGCAAAAGUUGUAAUGAAUGUCGAUCUGGGAUUUGUGCAAUUUCAGAAAGAACUAUUUAGGUCCACCCUAUGGAGUUACAAGUCGCCUACUAUUCAAAGGCUUAUUAUAGAUCUGAAGAAACAAGAACAAGAUCAGACACCCCCAGAAAUCAGAAGCUUUGGGAAUUCCACCACUGAAGGCCGAUGUGGUGUGAUACAGGAGACUGGAAGGGACUACAAGGAGCCGAUGUUUCGAGUGUUUCUGGAUGCUGGGGAUGAUCUGAGUUACAUUAACAUGACCCUAGACAUAGGAACAGUGCCAGGAGGGAAAGAUGUCAUUGCAGGAAAAGAACUUGGAGGCUUCUCCACAAUGUUGAAUGAUGUGUUGAGCCCCUCAGGAGUGCCCCUGUACUUCUCUGUAGAUGUCACAAAUCAGGCAGGAGAAACAGCAACAGCUAUCUGUUCUCUGGCAACAUAUGAUGUGACUCUGCCAGGGGGUAGAAUGGCUGUGGCCUUUGGCUCCACCAGUAACCCCAAUGUACUGAAAGCUACAGUCACUGUGUAUGAGGACUCGCCUAUCACUGAGAGCAAAGUGGCUGUGGGAUACGGAAGGGGUAUAGAUGGAUAUCAGAUUGUGGGCUGGACCAGUGUCAACCUGCAAGAAAAUGUGGUUGAUUACAAUGUUGGAAAUGACCCUACACAUGAGAAAGUGAUGAAGUUAUUUUCAGCUGGUAAGAUAGCUCGCUUAGUAGGCUCUGGAAUUGUGAGUGCUUCCCAUUCUAACAUAGCUACAGUGGGGGAGUGUGCAACACUUUGUAAUGGAAUGCAUGUCACCAAGUGCCUCAGCUUUAACUAUGAUUUUGGCAACAGUGGACAUUGUGAACUCCUGGAGGUGAUUGAAGGUCAAGACUACAGAACAUCUGUUGAUGGCCUAUAUAUGCAUUAUGAGAAACUGGGAGUUGGAUCCAACAGAGGAUUUGAGUACACCAACCUAAACUUGCUCCACAACCAGCUGUACUUCUUCAAUUUUCAAGUGGUCAAUUCCCUAGGAUAUACAAACAUCUUGUCUUCUGAUCCCAUCCUGGCAGACUUCACCCCACCUACUGCAGCUGCAUGGCAAAUUAGAAUAAGCAGCGACACGACAGAGAUUCUGCCGUGUACUACAGUGAUACCAUCUGACAGAGACGACUGGCAGAGGCUGUAUUGUCAGGGGGUGAAUCCCAGCACUCAAAACCACAGGGUUAUCGUGGAUGAACAGGGCUCUCAAACUGUCUACAAUGGACACGAGUUUAAAACUGAUCUUCUUUAUACUAGAGCCAACCAAUAUAUAUCAGCAAACUGGGAUGGUAUCCAUGACAACGAGACAGGGUUGCUUGGUUAUUCUGUGGCAGUAGGACUGAGCCACUGUGGUGACACAGUGUACAAAUUUCAUGACCCUCAUGGUCAUCUACUGGACUCCUCCCAGUGGACCCACAGUGUCAUUAUGACCCCAAUACCUGCACCCUACACUACACUGCCGGAUGGAAAGUACUACAUCACCGUAAGAGCGAUUAAUAAGGUGGAGUAUGGUGGUCCCUUGGCAACAUCUGUCUGUCACUCCACAGCCUACGCUAUUGACAAUUCUCCCCCUAUAGUGUAUGAAAUCUUCAAUGUACAGUAUGAUGAGGAAACAUUCAACCUGACACUGUCUCACAAUUCCUCUGACCCACACUCAGGAUUAAAUAGAAAUGACCUCUGUCUAGGUCACACACCCAGAGACUGUGAUGAACUGGCCUGGACUCAGAUUGCCUACUCUCCGAACAUUUCAUACAUCCACCAAAUGUCUGAUGGAAAGGAAAUCUUUGUCAAAAUCAAAGCUGUCAAUAAUGUGGACUUGAGAAGUAUCGGUGUCGCAGAAGCCUCGAUCAUUGUGGACAGGUCAGCCCCUGUGCCAGGCAGAGUGUAUGAUGGAGAAACAGUCCAACAGGAUCUCCUGUAUACCAAGGAACAGGACAAGAUUUGUGCAAACUGGGAGGGAUUCAGUGAUGCCGAGUCGGGCAUUGCCCUUUAUGUUGUGAAUGUGUGGUCAUCAGAUAAUGGUACAAUUACAAAAAUUGUAAACGAUACCCAGUUUUCUAACUCGAUAAGCUCCGCCUGUUUCAAUCUGGGAGUUGGAAACCGCCUCCUGCACAACAGAGUAUAUCAAGUCACAGUGCAGGCAUUCAACAGUGCCAACAAACAGCUCAAUGUGUCUGCCUCAUCAAAUGGGGUACUUGUGGACCUUACUAGUCCUAUGACAGGUGAGGUAGUGGAUGGUAAGGAGGCCAGUUUCACUGAUGUGCAGUACACCACGAGCCGAGCAAAGGUGGAGGUCCAGUGGAGAGGAUACUCUGACCCUGAAUCCUUCAUCAACAAUUAUCAAGUACAAGUUCACAGGGCCAGAAAUCUGGGAACAAGCUACGACUUGCUGAGAGAUUGGUCCACAUUCAGUAACACUUCCUCCAGUGUUACAUGGCUGAACUUCAACUUGGAACAUGAAGAUCGUGUAAAGAUGGAGCUGAAAGUCACCAAUGGGGCUCUGAACUCUGUAACUGAGGAAACAGAUGGAUUUGUGGUAGAUCUCACUCCCCCAGAGCUAACAUACCUGUGGGAUGGACUUGGGAGCUCAGACAUUAUGUACCAGGAUGAGACUGAUCAGCUUCAUGCCAGUUUUGCUUUCCAAGAUAAUGAGUCUGGCAUCAAGCAGUUCCAAAUACAGAUCUACGAGUUAUACCAUGGUACAAGGAUGAAGGUCUACCCAGCUACUUUUACAUGGAACACUAUAGUAAACAGUCUCUUGACCAGCUACAGCUGGACAGGACUCUCUCUUAGACAGGGAGCUCUGUACAGUAUGAGGGUGGCAGCAGUCAACAAGGCAGGAUACAUGUCCUCUUUUGAGACCAACGGAGUUAUCAUUGAUACUACACCACCUAUUAUCCAUUGGUUGAGAGUUGGGGUGAUGGCAGAAAUUGCAGAGGAAUUGGUCAAUGGCUAUGUGUAUCAAUCCGACAGACAGGGAAUUAUGACAGCCUGGGAUGUGGAUGACCAUCAGUCAGGACUAGUUAGUUAUCAUCUGGCAGUAGGAACCACUCCAGGAGGAACUGAUGUUCUUAAUUGGAAAUCAGUUGGCCUUGUAAACAGCUAUUACAUAGAUGGUCUGACCCUGUCCCUGACUGACCAGGCUCUGAAUAGGCCAGUGUAUUACGUGUCACUGAGGUCAGAGAAUGGUGUGGGCAGUACGUCCAACAUUACAGCCUCUCCAGUCAACAUAAUACAGGGAGAUAAAGCAGGUUUGGUGUUUGAUGGAGCUGAAGGCAGUGAAAACAUAGUGUCAGGAACCUUAAAUCCUGAUGGUGUGUUUGAGAUAGACCAACAGCUGGAUGCCAGCACGGUGACUGUGCAGUUCACUGGCUUUGAAAGCAGCUUACAUGGCAUCAUGAAGUUUGAGAUGGCUGUGGGGACAGGACCAGAAAAACAAGAUAUCCUGCCAUUUACUGAAGAAAACAUCGUUCAUAUGGAAGAAAGCAAUGUAGCUGGAAAUGGUUUAACCAGCUCAGGUUAUGCACAAAUGAAUCUGGAAUUGAAGGCAAAUCAAACUUACUACACCACCAUUAGGGCUGUGACAAACAAUGGAAAUGUCUUACAAACAAGUUCUGAUGGAUUUACUGUGGAUCAAACACCUCCUGUUGUGGAGGUUGACAGACUAGCAGAUGAAUGGGUAUCAGAGGGAAAGGGGAAUGACACUGUGUAUGAGAUGUCUGAAAAGCAUGUGUCGGCUGAGUGGCACUAUAAUGAUACAGAAUCUGAUGUUGUGAAGGCUUGGUGUGCUGUGGGCACUUAUCCCUAUGCUGAGGACAUUUCCGCAAAGAAAGAAUUGAACAUCUCCUCCUUGAAAAGCAAUGGAGUAAAUGUGGCUUCCAUCACAUCCUCGAAAAUGGGAAAACCAAAUAUCAUAAGUAUAUGGGCAGAAAACAGUGUGGGCUUAAUCUCCAAGAAAAUCACCAGUGCCAUAGUGAUUGAUGAGAGCACACCCACAACUGGAUCUGUGGUGUGCCCAGAAUAUAUCCAGCCGGACCAAUCUAUAGAGUGUAGCUGGACAGGGUUUUCAGACACAGAGUCCCCAAUCAAAGAGUACCACAUUGCUAUGGGGCCAGCUCAGGGGGAUGACAGUCUGUUGUCUGGGGUUGUUGUGUCUGCCGAUGUAUCCAAGUACACAAUCACUGGAGUGACCUCCCAGCUGACCCACAGCUCUAUUUACUAUGUGACAGUGACUGCUGUGAACACUGUGGGUCUAGAGAUCAGUGCCUUCUCCCUUCCUAUUACCAUGGACACCACUCCUCCAGUCACAGGCAGGGUGGUAGACCUCCACACUGUGUACAGAUUCAACUUCACAGAUAACGCUGUGACUGUCACACAGAACAGCGUACAGUGUUCCACGGUAGCAGAAUGUGAUGCCUUGGAUGCUAUUUGUUCAGAAUCUUUAACAUCUCUCUCUGUAACGUGGAUGCCAUUCUCGGACCCAGAAUCAGGAAUUGAGGAGUAUCAGAUAGCUGUGGGCACUUCACCAGGGGGAGGACAGAUCCAGUCUUUCAUCCCCAUUCCACUGGACAGUAAACAUUACACUGUGGGAGGCCUGAAUUUAAAUGGACAAAGACAGCUCUUUGUGUCGGUGAAGGCAGUAAACAAGGCAGGAUUGUCUAGUGUCUCUUCCUCCAAUGGAGUGUACAUGUCUUAUCUCAGUCAGGGGAGAUCACCACUGUCUCAUGUUGGAAUCAUGGACCUAGUUGAAGGAGGCAAUUCAGAUGUAGACAUCCAGACAGAUCCAGCUACCAUUAUGGCCGGCUGGGACACCUCAGGAGAUCCAUGUCCAGCCACCAAGUAUGAAUGGGCAAUUGAAAGACUGGAUGGAAAAGUGGUUUCUGCAUUUUUGGAUAUGGGAUUGAAAACUUCAGGAUUGAUUGAUGGUUUAGUGUUGGUGAACAGUGAAACUUACAUAAACCUUGUUCGGGUGACUAAUUCCAUCGGAUAUCAGUACAUACUGAGAUCCUCUGGUGUGACUAUUCAAGGGACACCACUUCUACCAGGCAAAGUGUAUGAUGGAAGCAUUGCAGGCUUUGAUCUAAACAUCCUGCCUUCUCCCAAGACUGUAUCAGCCAACUGGAAUGGAUUUGGUCUCUCUCCAGAUGCUAUUGUACAAAUUGAUGCCAACAAUGGUAUUCCUGGUGUUAAUACUGACCAAUCCCAAGUGGAUUCCCAAGACCGAAGCCAGCAGGUAGCUUACUAUGAAGUAGCCCUUGGAACUGACCGAAGGUUUAAUAACACGCGCUACGAUGUGGUACCAUACACCACUGUGUGGACAAACACAUCUGUCACGUUUUAUGACCUUAACCUUACUCCAGGCACAGCUACGUAUUACUUCACUGUAAUUGCCUACAGCAAAUCGUUCUCUAAGACCAUGGUCACUUCCAAUGGAUUUACUGUUGGCGAUGGAGGAGGGAUCACAGUUGGGAUCAUAUCAAGCCCUGGGAGCUGUGUACACACUAACACCACCCUACAAGUUCAGUACAAUGGAUUUUCUUCAUCCUUGGGGAUCUUCAUGUACUAUGUAGCCAUUUCCAACACAACAGAUGCAAACAGCACAGAUUGUAAAGAAUAUAUUGAUGGCGGCUCACUGUCAGCUAGUGAGAGAAAGGCUUUGUUUUCUGCCAGAGAUGUGACUAAUGAAGGACAGAACACAUACACUGAACUCACAGGGCUGGAACUAGUUCAUGGACAGACAUACUACAUCUGGGUUAUUGCUGCUGAUAAUUCUGGGCAAUGUGCUAGCACCUACUCAGAAUUCAUUGUUGAUCUCACAGAACCAGAAAUGGGGAAGAUGAAAACAGGACCUUUUUAUGACAUGCUUGUGACGUACUCCACGGUGGACACUAGUGUCACUAUAAACUGGAUGAACUUUAGUGACCCAGAAUCGGGAAUCUCUACCUUUGAACUGUCCCUGUGGAAAAACACAUCUUGUAACAGGAAUACAGCCACAGCCACCAGUAUCACGGACUGGAUUACCCUGUCCAACACCUACACAGCCUAUGAUAUAGUGGAUAUCAAACUCCAGGAGAACAUACCCUACUAUGUGAAGAUGAGAGUAAAGAACUGUGCUGGUCUAUCCGUGGAGCUUCACUCCCCCCCAAUCCUCAUUGAUAAGACUGUCCCCAGCAGUGGUGUUGUUAAAGAUGGUUCGGACUUCUCCAGUGAUGUUCUAUGGGUGAACGACAAUACUAAUGUCACAGGAUCAUUUUUGCACCUUGCCAAACCCACUGGAUUGUCAUGUCCAAAUCAGAAGAUAUCCAUUAAGAGUGAUCCAAACUGGAAGAAACUCACUAAAUUAGGAAUGAUGGAUCCAGACGGAGUGUACUGGAAGAUUCAGUACUCACCCAUCUACAUCAUGGACUUCCCUGUGGAGGAUAAAGUGAAAUUAAAACUGAGCCUGACAAGAGACUCGGUCAACAAAGACAUUUUGGGAGCAGGAGCCAUGUAUAGAUCAGCUGAGAUGUAUAAUGGAGGAACAUACAAACUUCAGCUUCGAGCAGCAGGUCACAAUGGAGAUGUGGUGACAGAGAUCUUGUUCUGGGAUGGUACCGAUGAAGGGUUUGCCACUAUGAAACAUCAGGAGGAACAGUUUAUGACUGAUGCUUGUUCCUGCUGCUUCACAGAUCCUGUUCCAACAGAUACAUGUGACAAUGGCACAUGCACUUGUCAGCAGUACCUGAUGGAGAAAGGCUACUCUGGUAAUACAACAUUCCCAGUUUUGACCACAACAGAUGCCCCUUCCACUCAGACCACCACUGCUUCUUCAUUUAAUGUUGUCAAUGAUGAAGGAACUAGUGUCACAGGCCAGACUAAGCCUAGCACAAUGCGAAAUUCCUGUGGAGUUCAGCUUUAUGCAGCCAAUCCCUCAUUGAACGCUAGUGCAUACAUUGUGUCGUGGUGUAGAUACUUUAACAACACAAGAGAAAAAUUUAGACUGAAAACUGAAGUGAAUUUUGAUCCCAGUGAGGUGUACAAUACCUACACCAUUAAAUUUGAUGUAAGGAGUUUGGAAGCCACUCUGCUGCAGUGGUGCAUGUCUGUCUAUGUGGAGGAUGACUUUAUCAAUCAGCUGUGUGAUAUUCCACACCUCUCCACAGACACUCUACUUUUUGUUCACAUCUUUAAGAAGGACAAUGUUUUGCCAACUGCCAUUAAUGCAUUCACACCAUGGGCUGCUUACGCAGAGUUUUCUGAUCUGGAAAUGCCCCCGCCUAUUGGCACUCUGUGUAGGUUUGGACAACAGUUCAGAGGUUACUCAAAUCCUGUCAUCAUGUAUGAGGCAGGAAUUGGAUCUUCAAGAUUGACCACUGAUGUGGAGGGAUAUAGAGAGAUUGAUCUUCCAUGCAUCCCCUGUAUCAAUGACUGCUCUCAGUACAGCUGUGAUGCUUCCUGCAGUGCUGAUGACACUGUACUGAAGGUCUUCUCUUUGAAUAAUUUGAAUCUAACAGCUAUGAGAAAUAACUCUGGAACUGAGGAGUUAGCCACAUACUAUCUCACAGUAAGGGCCACAAGCGGAUCUGGUGCCUCUACUGUGUCUUCGUCAGAUGGUUUCAAUGUAGACAUUUCUCCACCUGAGUUUGAUCAAGAGCUGAUGAGUUUGGACAUUUACUUUGAUGUUGACCAAGGGGAGAGUACUCCUGUUCGUUUCCAGCAAUCUAACAGCACCAUCAAGGCCAUCUGGAAGUGCAAUGAUGAUGAAAGUGACAUAGUGGAAUAUCUGUGGGCCAUAGGAACUUCUCCAGGGGACACAGACAUCCAGGAAUAUACCUCUAAUGGACAGAAUGUGGCCGGAAUCAACAGCAGUUUAGAAGGCAUUCUCCAGCACAACCAUACCUACUAUGUGUCCAUCAUUUGUUACAAUGGGGCAGGACAGUCAGCCGCUCACAAUGAUUCAAAAGGUGUGACAGUGUUGCUGAUUCCUCCCUUGACAGAUGUCAAUGCCACCCUGUUAUUUGCCAUAGACUUCCCUCAAGCAGUGUAUCCCCCCAAAUCUUACAGACAGGAAGGUGGAAAGAAGGCAGGAGUGUCCUUCACCAAAUCUGAUGAUCCAGCUGUCAACAGAUAUGAUAUUUGUUUUGGAUCCACAACAUGGAUGGAUGACAUCCUACCAUGUACAUGGGUGGCUCUCAAUGAAUCGGGAUCUGCUGAAGUUAAAACUGGUAGUGGCUUGUGGAUAAAUGGACAACAAGUUCAACAAUUGUCCGACUUAAGAAUAGGAGAAAGCAGUGGUAGUAGCUCAUCUGGAAACUUAUUCCAUAUGCCAGUAGGAAAAGUAAUGUUCAUUUAUUUGAGACUCUGCAGUGAGGCCAUGUUGUGCUCAAAUUUUACUGCUGGGUGUAUCGUGAUCACCAAUUCUAAAUCUCGUUUUGGAGUGUCCACUGCUGGAAAAACUAUCUAUCAGGAAAUUACAAUCACUACCAGGAGAAAGAAAAGGGCCAUUGUUCCAGGAACUAUCGGAAUUCAGACACCCAGUGGCUUGGAACCAAACACCACCAUUGUGGCGACUCCUCUGACAUCUGCUGAUAUCACUGUUACUUACGGGUCUGAUGCCUCCUCCAAUUUUGUGUCCUAUAUUGAAAAUACUGCCACAUCAAUGGACAAAGUGGAGAGACUUCUUGUGAACAGGAUGAACUUUGAGAACUACACAGCCUUCUCAUUAGUUGUGGUUGGAAAUGUGCCGAUGCCUGGUCCUAUCAUAAUUACAUAUCAUGAUGAGGUGGGGAUAACAACUUCAGGAAAUAGGACAAUGCUUGUACACUGGAACCCUGUGAUGCAGUACUGGGAACUAAGCAGUGCCACCUGUAGAGACCUGCCUCCAGAGGAACAGGAAGUGUAUGAUAAUGUCACAAAAAUCAUGUCUGUGAAGGUGUGUGAUACAUAUUACAAUGCCACAGCAAAUGACACUCAGCCAAGUCCUACCAAUAUUAAUGGGACAUUCGAACGUGAGACAAUGUUUAUUAUCUCAGAGGGAAAGGCCACCAUCUACAACUCUCCACCGAGACUGAACAGUCCUGAUCAUGUCACUAUUGAGGAAGAUUCCGGAACACUUCAGUACCAGCUGAUUGCUACAGAUGAUGAGGGAGAUUUGAUAAAGUUUCAGCUGGAUGAAGACGAGUUUGCACUGGGAGAAGUAAAUCUUACAUCAGAUGGCUUUUUAUCAUUCAAACCAUGCAGGGAUUGUUCGGGCUUACAAAUGGUCAACUUUACUUUGUAUGAAGUGCAGAUAUUUUCAGAAAUUGUCCCCAAAUACAGCACUGCAACUAUCUAUAUCACGAUACAGGAGGUCAACGAUCCCCCCACCAUUUUUGUGUCCAGAAAUGGCCAGCUGAUACAACAUGCAGACAUUGUGGAACCAAUAGUGAUUUUAUUGGAGGCCAAAAAUGACUUUAAUACAGACAGAUGGAAUGCCACUUGGGGUGCUGUUGUAGGGGCAUACGACCCAGAGACCUCAGACAGUAUUAGUAUCAAAGUCACCCAGCCUUCUGAUGGGACCCUCACACUGUCUGCUAUAAACAGAGAUGUACCCCAACUAUUGCAAAACUGUGACCAAGCUGAGAAUAUUGAGGUCACCAUGAUGCCUUGUCAGAAUUUCUAUGAAACAUUGCCUCGGAAUGAGACACUCCUGUCUUGGUUGACCUUUACUGUAACCUUUACACAGCCAACAAAUAAGUUUGGAAAUUUUACUGCUAGGAUGUAUUUUGAGGAUUCCUCCAAUGGAAGUUCGCUGCCUAUCUCACUUCAAUUUGGCAUCAUGGAGUCACCUUGUCACAACAGAGCACAGUGCCAUCCAACUGGAAUCUAUUCUUGUGAGGACACACAUCGCACCCACAGCUUUGAUGCCUACUACCAGUGUGUGUGUGCAGGAGGCUGGCAAGGAACUUACUGUAAUGUGGAUAUCAAUGAGUGUUUGAGUGACCCCUGUAUUAGUCCAUAUGUCUGUUACAACAAUGAGAACUACUAUGAAUGUGCCUGUCCCUUGGAUAAUCCACAUUGUGAAUUUGAGCUGUGGCUAAUCGCUAUCAUUGUCCUGGCAGGAAUCCUACUUGUCAUCUUGGUCAUAACUGGGAUCUACAGGUUUAAGUACAAACGCAGCCCUCUUGACUAUGAAACAGAUAGCCAUUUUGGAUCAACAUCAUCAAUGACUGGAUCAGCAUCAAGUGUCAGUGAUGAUGAUGAUGAGGAGAGUUUACUUGAUGAAAAGUCUUGGUCAUAUGAGGGAGCAAAUUUUAUUUCCUUAUCUAUGCAGAUGGAGUAUUUUAAGAACCCAAAUUUCAGCAGGGAUUUCAUAGGAGAAUUCGAUUACAUUCCUCCCAAAACGGACGCAAUAGAUGAGAUGUACAGGGACCAUCACAACCCAGCUCUAGACAUAGAGCCAGAAUACACUGUGGAGGACGACAGGGUCUAUCAUGAGAGACACACUAAGUCGACCUUUGAACCUCUUGUACCUACUAAAUAUGAAGGAGACAAACUUCCGAAGAGCAUCCCACCCAUCUUGACCACUGGUAAACGUGGCAAAGUCCUGCCAGCCCUGAAUGUAGACAAGUCCUCACCCUACUACCCUCCUCCCCCAUACAUGCUGAUGGAGAAACAAAGCAAGAAAAAGAAGAGGAGGAGCAAGCGAAAGGUUGGUAACAAGGACAGGGAUUAUGAUGAUGAGGAUAUGUUUAAAGGCAGUCACACCCCUCCCACUCAGAUCCAGAAAGACACAGCGAAGAUGUUUGAAGCUUCAAAGCAGGUGAAUGAAGAUAAGGGUUAUGCUAAAGUCCAUCCUACUGCAAUGGAGAAGAAAGGAUCUAAAGAAAAGAACUAUGACUUCUCUUUCUUCAGCAAAUCUCAUCCACCUCCACAUCGAGCAAUGACAACAAUGGCAGCUGAUUCCAAACUACAGAAGGUUCACCCUUUGCCAGAAAGUGGAGGAAAUACUGGAUUUGAAGCCAACAUGACCAGCACACCGAAUUCGGAAGCUAUUCACAUGCGGUUAUCCAACCCUAAUGGACAGAGAAGCAUCAACCAUGAUCAUGUGAAUUUUGAGAGUGAAUUUUGAUUGAUUUUUUUUUUGGUCUAUGCCAAAUAUUGAGAUACUGUGAUUGUUAUGUAACUGGGGUGAUGCAUGUAUUAGUAUAUUGAAAUGUUUUAUUUACUAGUUUAUGUAGUUGUUUUCUUCUUCUCUUUCUUUGCUUUUCACAAGCAUUAAAACUAUUUGCAUCUGUAUAAAAUGAAAUAUCGGAUGAUUAUUUUUUUUAAAUUUUUCAUACAGAGUUUUGAAAACAUUCGAAAAUCCUAACUGUGUGUAUUCAUAAUUUUAUCACCAAAAUCUGUUAUGUUUUUAUUAGCAAAUCAGUUUGAAUACUUUACCAUUAAAAAAAGGGAAAACAUA